ACGCAGCAGCUAAAAAAAAAUCCAAGUAACCAAAAAAAUCCCCUUCCCCCGCCGCAACCCCCCGAGCGGGGGCCCGGGGCUGAGGCGGCUGCAAGCGGGGGAGGCCCGGCGCAGAGCCCCGGGGGUCUCGGUGCAAGGGCUGGGCUGGGCAGGCGGAGUGGGGGGGCUGCCGCCUCCUUCCCCCCCCCUUUGUGUGCAGCAGUCUCCGCUCGGCUGCUGUGAGAUGAAUUGUUAAUUAUUCCCAGCAAAAAAGCGGCUCGGAGCCCCGGCCCGAGCGGGGGGCGAGCGGGUGCCGGCGCGUAUGUGGAGAGUCUGAGUCCACCCCACUCCGCCCAGCGCGCAGUGACCAAUCAUGGACGUGCAGCCCCAGGAAGCUUCUCUGACGGUUAACGAGCAAGGUUUGUGCCCGUUGAGAUCUUACUUACGCUUUGCUGUCUGCUUCCAGGUCAUUGUGAUGUCGAGUCAUGAGACUAUCCGAGUGCUGGAGGUGGGAGUGGACGCCCCACUUCCAGCAGAGGAUGAUGGGAAAGCUUUGGAACCAACAGCUGGAGAGGUCGCAAGCAGCUGCCCCGUGGAAACAAGUGAACCAGGAAGAGAAGAUGUGCAGGCAAACCUAGAGACCACGUGUGGAGGGACAACUGGCGAAGUAAAGUCACUGCCUGGAAUAGCUCCCGCCAGCGUCUCAUCUGUCACCACCUUCAGCCCAGCAACGAGCCAGCCGACCCAAACCCUAACUCCCUUGGCAGUGCAAGCCGCGCCACAGGUCUUGACUCAGGAAAACUUAGCAACAGUUGUGACAGGAGUAAUGGUUCCAGCAGGGGCAGUUACUCAACCUCUUCUUAUCCCCAUCAGUAUUGCAGGUCAAGUGGCUGGUCAGCAGGGGCUGGCUGUGUGGACAUUUCCUACAGCAACGGUCGCUGCCCUUCCCGGACUGACGGCUGCUUCUCCUACAGGGGGAAUUUUCAAACCACCUAUAGCCAACUUGCAAGCUGCUGCGGUGCUGAACACGGCAAUGCCAGCCCCCGUGCAGCCUGCCCAGCCACUGCAGGCUCCGCAGACGGUCCAGCCGCGGCCCUCCAUCCAAACGCAGGCCGUGUUCCAGCCGCAGUCCUCGCUCCAGAGCCCACCGGCCAUCCUGCCCCAGCCCGCUGCCGCCCCACCGCCGCCCGCGGGAAAGCCGUUGGAGACGCAGACGCAAAUCACAGUCCAGCCUGCGGGAUUUGCCUUUAACCCUGGCAUAAUCAGUGCGGCUUCUCUCGGCGGGCAAACCCAGCUCCUCAGCUCGCUGGCCGCCGCCCCGGUGAUCGCGAACACCAUUCCCAGCGUCCAAGGGAUAACGAGUCAGAUCCUGACCAAUGCCCAGGGACAGGUCAUUGGGACGCUGCCCUGGGUGGUGAACCCGGCUGGGAUCACGACGGCCAGCGCCACCCCAGCUGUUUUGCCAGCCCAGAACCUGCAGGUGCAGGCGGUGACCCCGCAGCUGCUGCUGAACGCCCAAGGGCAAGUCAUUGCUACAUUAGCCAGCAGCGCCCUCCAGACGGCGGCCAUCAGGAAACCCAGCGCCCCAGAGUCCCCAGCAAAGAACGAGAUUCAGCCAAUCCAGCCUGCCCCUGCUCUGCCCCAGCCAGCUGUGGUCAUCGCAAACCCAGCCCCUGCUGCUAAGCCCUCUUCCGUGCCUGUUCCCAUCACUUGCUCGGAGACCCCGACAGUGAGCCAACUCGUUUCCAAGCCUCAAACUCCAAAUACGGGCAUCGAGGAGGAUGGAAUCAACCUAGAGGAGAUUCGGGAGUUUGCCAAGAACUUUAAGAUCCGACGUCUGUCUCUGGGCUUGACGCAGACGCAGGUGGGUCAAGCUUUGACGGCUACAGAAGGACCUGCCUACAGCCAGUCUGCCAUCUGCAGGUUCGAGAAGCUGGACAUCACCCCCAAGAGCGCCCAGAAGCUGAAGCCCGUGCUGGAGAAGUGGCUGAGCGAGGCCGAGCUGCGGAACCAGGAAGGGCAGCAGAACCUGAUGGAGUUUGUGGGCGGCGAGCCCUCCAAGAAACGCAAGCGCCGCACCUCCUUCACGCCCCAGGCCAUCGAGGCCCUCAACGCCUACUUCGAGAAGAACGCCCUGCCCACCGGCCAGGAGAUCACCGAGAUCGCCAAGGAGCUCAACUACGACCGCGAGGUCGUCCGGGUCUGGUUCUGCAACCGCCGACAGACACUCAAAAACACUAGCAAACUCAACGUCUUUCAGAUCCCCUAGGGGGGCAGGUGGGAGGAGAGAACCCUGCCCGGCUCAGCCCGGCCACCCCCAGGAUCCUGCCGUGAGCACUUUGUGACUAACUGUUCCCUAGGCCUUGCCCCUGCCCACCUCCUCCCCCCGCCCCACUAGCCCAGCUUCGCUGACUGCAGCCGGGCAUUAUUUUCCCCCCGCUGUAUGCAUAUAUCCGUGCCCUUCGUCCUCACAGGAUCUGACCAUGUACACGUCGGCCAUCACACGCCUAGCUCCUUCCUUCUCUUGCGCCUGAGUGUAACAUGUAGUGAGUGCUAGAGCUGCCAAUGUGAGUGUCCCCAGCCCCCCUCUGCCCCCAGGGGCAGAAGUGGGGCAGGGCACAGGGAGUGCUGUGAUCUGUGCAUUUCUGUGUCACACAAAUAUGUCAGCCAAACGAGCGAUUUUCUUCUUUUCUAGAAUUUCCUGUUUCUCCAAGGUAGCGUCAGGGCCUGCCAGGAGGCCGGUUGGGUCCGGGAACAGGCAGAUGUGAAGCCUGCUUCAUUUCAGUCCCUUUUUAUUUCGAACCCUGGCUGUCCCGUGUGAGACACAAGCUCUUGGUAUCUAACGGUAUCUAGGCAGAGUAGCUUAAUUUAUAUCCCCUUCCCUAUGAGUACAAAGCACUAUCCAUCAAAAGACUUUAAAAGGAAGUUUCUGCAUAUGAUUAGCUGCUAGGGCUUGGGAUCACGUGUGAAGAGCCAGUAGGUAGCUCUCUUACUAACCUCGUUUGCCAGAGGAGAACCGGCCACCUGCGUCCUGGCAUCUCCCCUGCCACCCUUGGGAAACGGAAGGUUCAGUUGCACUAAAUGGGAUUGUUUCUAGAGGAAGAAAUGGACAGAACCAGUUGGGCCAGGCAGCUUCUUCACCAAAGUGAGGCCUCUGAAGGCGGACAGGGUGUGAGCCCUUUCAUUUGCUCCAUCCUCUUUCUUUUUUCGCAUUGGCUCCUGUUGAAGUCAAGCGUUACACCUUCCCCUGCUAGGGCUCGAGCCUGGGGAUCUAAAGCAUGGGCCUCUGUUAGCUGGGAGGCACAAACCACCCUAAGUGGUCUCACCAGGAGAGGGGGACCAAAGAGCCAUGCCGUGGAGCCGGGGCUCUACAGGGUACAUUUACCUUCCUCCUGCAGGGUUCUACGCUUACCUUUUGAGUGUGGCUUUUCUGAAGGGGGUGAUCUGGAAAACGAAAGGACGGGCCGACUCUUGCUAAGUGCUGGAAGGGGGAUGGGGAAGUGGCAGCAGCUUUCCCAGCUGUAAGAGAAGAGACCAUCAGCUGAUUGUCUUGUCGACUUGCCAAGUGAAGGGGGGGCCGACUCCAAGCCAGCAGUGCCAGCCCUCCUCCCUGUGGGAAAGUGGCCAGGCAAAGGACUGAGACUCUUUACAAUGGAGACGAACCAGGCCCGGGGGUGUGUGUGUGGAAGGAACAGCCUUCAGCUUUGAACUACAAAGUCCCUCCUUGUGCGGCUCAACAAUCAGGGGACGCUCUCCAGGGGGCGUCAAUGCCUUCUUUAACCAGCAGCCUUUUAGAGCGCGUCGGAUGUCGCCUGAACGUGUCGUCCCCCGUCACCGCCUGUGUGGCGUCAUGGCAAAGCGCGCCAGAGCCCAGCUCUCAGGCUGGAUGCAGGCAGGUGGGAUCCGUCCCGCGAUCUCUCCCAGGUGGCCUCUUUCUCAGCUGGGUUCAGUGCAAAAGGGGAAUAAGUGGAGGAAGCUGUGUGUAUUAGGGUCCUGCAGGGAGGGUGGGGCCAGCCUGUUCCUGUCUGUAUAUGCACUGUGUGUCUUUAACAUAAGAAGGGAAUGGGAGGUGUGUUUUGAUGUCAUGUGAAAGCCAAAAUAUAUAUAUAUAUACAAAUGAUUUCACAGUAUCCCUUAACUGUAAACCCAGGAAAAGGUCCUAUUUGGUGCUGCUUCUUCUGUUUAUCUUAAAGAGACAGUGCUGGUUGCCUUGGGCCUAAGCGUUUAAAAAAACCAAACCAAACCAAGGUCUAAAUUUCAGUCCCAAAGCAGAUCAUCAGAAAGUAGCUUCUGCUGCUAAGUGGAGUGGGAGGUUCUGCUUGCCUGCAUGGUAAUGAGAGAUGGUAUCAGAUCCUGGCACAAUUUCAUCUGCAGCCAGGGGCCCACCUGCGGGCUAGGAAAGCGUCAGAUAGCCCAUUAGGAUGAGAAUCUGGUUUCGGUGUCAGCUGGCCCUAUGCUUUAUGGGAGCUUCCAGUGUCCCACAAAGUUCUCUUUAUCCCAGGAGAUAUAGGAUAGUUAUGGGUCUGACAUCCUGAUCUCCAGGACACAUCCCAGAGGCUAGUCGUUAUUCCUAGAGGAAUCUCAAAAGAGUCUGUGUCCUAGUUCAUCGCCCACUUUCCGAAUGGCAGCAGGAGUGAGCUUUCUGCUCUGGAAGGUGGCGCUGGGGGUUCAGCGUAACUCGCUGCCAGGCAAAAUGUUUACACGUCACGUUGAUUUGGGGACAGCCGACCUGGGCGGGAUGGGGGCCAGUUGAGGGUCUUGCUGAACUCAAAAGCUGCUUCGGUUUUACCGCAUUUUUAUCCGGCAAAGACGGCGUUCCACAGAUCUGCCUGCAGGCUGAAUGGAGCGCGAGUGUCACCAGCCCAGGACCAUGAGACUCAGCAGGGAGAGGAGGACCAGGGGAAAGACCAAGUCGAUUAAUUUGGAAGCAGCUGCUGCCCCCAUAAGCAGACUUCAGUCCCAGCAUCAGCAGGGCGAUUCUGCUGUGCAGUAGAAUUUCUUGGCACCUUCCCCUUCCAAUCAGGCUUUCGCUAGCACGUUUGGUUGGUCCCCUGCCCUGAGUUGAUGCUGCUGUUCCCAAGAUGCUACAAGCAAAGCUAGCCAUUCUGUUGGCUGCCUGGUGUGGGGGUGAUACCAAUGCCACACCGGCAUUGCUGAUUCCCCAAACUCGGCCCCGUUCAGAGCAGAACGGGGUGCUCGAGGGGCGCAUCUGAAUCUGUCCAAAGAAGGUUUCUUAGAGGGAGGGUUGUGAUUUUUUGUUUUUCAGGAAGUACCUUUCCGGAUCUGCUGUCCCUCCACCUCCGUUUGGAAUAGCUAGGGCAGGGUUGGCAGGCAAAUUCCUCCCUAAUAAAGGUGAUCCAUCUCCCUCUCUUCCUGCCCUAAGAAAUGAGUGUUUCAGUGAUUUCCAGACAUGGCCAGAGUGGUGGGCAGGACUGGGAGCAAAAGCGGUUUCAUUAUCAUCCUUGGAGCAGGAGGUGGUUUAAACACCGCCGCCCUGGGUCAAUCAGAACCCGACAUGCUAUCACCAGUCCUGUGUCUCCAGCUUCCAAUCUCCAGGGCUCCCCGCACUUAGCCAGUCCUCGUUGGGCGGGCCAUUCCCCUUUGCCUCAGUUAACACCACUGCUUAGUUUCAAGAGAAGCUGGUGGAUUUCACAGAGUGCCGUGUGAGGUGGUGUAAGUUGUACAAGGAGGGAGGGACAGGCUCCAUGAGGGUGGGGAGCCGGUCUGGGGUCUGGCUGUCUUGCUCUGUUAGACUGAUGCACUUGAUGUAGUUGUGUGAAAUAAACAGUAUUUUUUCUUUUUC